GUAAAAUCUAUUAUCAUACUCCGCCGCCUACUGGCUAGCUUGGGCUGUGAGCCGAGGGCAGCACAAGAACACUGCCUGAACAUUUUUCACACCCAUUGACUGCAUUUGUGGAGAUGACAACUACAAUCUUCUUCACAAACCUUAAAAAGUCCCUGAACUUGACAAUAAAAUUUAUACUUUCAAGACCGUUCUCCUCUGCAAAUGUGCAGCCUGCUACUUACAGAAGAAACCUCAUCUCUAGAAUCAUUCCUCUGGGAAACCCUUCAAUCAGUUUAGUCCCUGUUCUUGAUGAGUGGGUCCAAGAAGGUAACCCUGUCCAUGACAUCGAGCUCCGGAAGAUCGUUAAAACGCUCCGCGGCCGCCUCCGCUUCAAGCAAGCACUCGAGAAAGUUGGAGUUCAAUUUGAUGGCAUUUCAAGCUGGAGCCUGCAUCGACUAUUUGUAGUAGACGAGGGAAAAUGCUGGAAAAACAGUGAUUUGAGGAAAACUGUUUCUGAGUGGAUAAGAAGUAAAGGGCUUUUUCCAUUUUCACCUGGUGACCAAGCCGUGCAGCUAGAUCUUAUUGGUAAAGUACGAGGCCUGGAGCUUGCUGAGAAGUAUUUUCAAGAUCUGAGUGAUGCAGAAAAAACUGAGAAGCAAUAUGGUGCUCUUUUAAAUUGUUAUGUCAGGGAACGCUUAGUUGACAAGUCACUUUCCCUCAUGUACAAGAUGAAGGAGUUGGGUUAUUCUUCUGUUUUGGACUAUAACAACGUAAUGUGCCUCUAUAUGCACACAGGUCAACUUGAGAAGGUCCCUGAUGUUUUUGUACAAAUGAAAGAGGAAGGUGUGCUUCCAAAUGAUUUUAGCUACAGGAUUUGCAUAACAUCUUAUGGUGCCAGAUCUGAUCUUGCGAAUAUGGAGAAAGUAUUAGAGGAAAUGGAAAGGCAAAGCUACAUUCUCAAAAGCUGGAAUGUAUAUUCAAUGGUGGCCAACUUCUUCAUAAAAGCAGGUCAGAAGGAGGGAGCUCUGAUUUACUUGAAGAAAUGUGAGGACAAGGCAGGCACUGAUGCGCUUGCUUUCAAUCAUCUGAUUACACACUAUACAAGUCUUGAGAACAAAAGAGCAGUGUUGAGACUAUGGAAUCUGCUGAAAGCCAGAUUGAAGAAGCAAAUUAACAAGUACUAUAUCAACAUGCUGGGUUCUCUGGUGAAGCUAGGAGAUCUUGAGGAAGCUGAAAAAUUGCUCCAGGAGUGGGAAUCAUCGGGUAACUAUUAUGAUUUCAGGGUGCCAAACGUGCUAUUGAUUGCGUAUUCUCAGAUGGGAAUGAUUGAAAAGGCUGAAACAUUGCUCCAGAGCAUGAUUGGCAAAGGCAAGACUCCAACCCCUAAUAGUUGGUCUAUCAUUGCUUCUGGAUAUGUGGCCAAGCAGGAUAUGGAGAAGGCCUUUCAGAGCUUUAAGGAGGCUUUGGCUUUAAGGGCUGAGAAUGAAGGCUGGAGACCAAAGCUUGACCUCAUUUCAGGCUUAUUGAGCUGGGUCUCUGAUCAUAAAGAUGUGGAUGAAGUAGAAGAGUUUGUAAAUUCUAUAAAAACUGUGAUUCCCAUGAAUAGGGACAUGUAUCUCUGUUUGCUGAAGGUGCAUGUAAGACGCGGGGAGGGAGUAGGGGGGAUUUUAGAGGAAAUGAAAGCUGAUGGGAUAGUGUUGGAUGAAGAAGUGGAGAACAUCCUUAGCUCGAAAGUACAAUAAUAUUAAUUUUGUUAUUCUUUGCUCGUUACUCUGUCUUGCCACCUGAAUGAGCAGUGAAGUAAAAUUAGCAGAGAGGUGGUCUGGUUGAUCCUCACAUCUAUUGAACAAACAGAACCGAGCCAUUUCUUGUGCACCUCCUUAAUGAAGACAAUCGAAUUUCAGACACACGCAGACUUUUAUACUUCAGCUGGAUUUAGUUCUUAAAAUACAAGGAAAGCAUUCUGAGAGUUGUGGGAAAAAAAAUUAGUGGAGUGCCUAAGUUCUUUUGUUUCUCAAUUCUCGGAGUGCCUACGUUCUUUUUAAUCCAUUUUUUCCAUCGCUCUCUUUAAUUUAUGCUUGUACAUUGUAUUCAUGAACUAAACGUAAGGAAUCAACAUUAUUAUCAAUAUUAAUGUAUUGAGGUAUGAUAAAAAUAUAAUUUUGGAUCUC